AUGAAGCCGUGGCUUCGAGCUGCGGGUCCAUAUCGGCUUCACAUCAAAUCCAUUUGUGGCUCGCGUUGUUCUCUAUCAACGUGCUGGGGCUUUCGACGGCCCCAUCAAUACGAAAAAAAGGAAUGUGUACUCGACUCAGCAAAGCGGCUACUCACGAGUGGGAAUUUGCUUCGAAAACAGUCUGUUAACUUUGCCUUGCCGAGGUCUCACACGCAUGAAGGUUUGGCCUAUGUGGCAUGUCCGUUGUGCAGCAAGGAGCUUUACCUUCACGACAUGCUCCUACAUCUCACCAGUGUUCAUAAAGGGCUUGAUGCGGACCAUUGUGAGCGCAUUUGCAAAGAACGACUUGCCCUGUAUCGAAAAAUCGUUGGCACCUCGCUUAAGGUGCUAAAUGAUGAAAAUAAGGAGCUGAAAGCGCCAUCACUUGCGUUGCUUCCGACUGUCACACCAAAUGGUGCGUAUCUGUGCAACUGGUGCGUUUUGAAGCGGGACCCCUUUCCCACCCGUGAUGUCUUCAUCAAACACGUCAUGAAGGAGCAUCCAGAGCUCGAUUUGGACAAUGUGGAGGCGCAUAUCCCCCUGCCCACGAGCGGCAAGCGGCCAAUGGCGUCUUCGACCCCGCGGCAACCCCCAGCGCGGAUCUCAAACUCGCGAGCCUCCGACGACGUCGUCCGUCCGACGCGCUACGUAGCUGGAGUGGUGCCGGUUGCGGAGGUGGUGGAAUCGCCUAUCGUGGCCGCACCACGGCAGGUCGGCGUGAGCGUUCCACGCUUCAUGAAUAGCCGCCUCGGCGUUGGACCGAAGGAGGUGCCGGUCACCUAUGAAGGAUUGAAGUUCUCUGAGAACUGUUUUCCCUGUGAGCUGUGCGGCAGGAUGUUUGCGAGCGAGCUGGAUUUGCUGAACCAUCUGGAAAGCGGCCAUUCGGACGGAACCUCGCCAACCGACGUGGAAACGACCGCUAACAUCUCCAAGUACAUGAGGACAGCCGGUUCAUCCCAACCAGUCUACGUCAAGUGUGACCUCUGCAACCUUUCCAAAGUUUACACUACAGCCUCGGCACUAUUCGCGCAUAUCUGCCUGAAACACCCUGUCGAGGAUGCCGCCUUUCACGUGGAGCGGAUCAUUGAAGCGCAGAAGGACGAGAAGCCAUUUGUGUGCAAUAUCUGCUAUCGCGCAUUCACCACGCAGGAGUCGUUGGACGACCAUACGGUGAAUAAGCACAAGAGAACGAGGACAAUCGCUGUGAGCGCUUUGGAUCUUCUUGGCCCUGUGACGGACAAAACCCGCUGGUGGUGCGGUGCGUGCGAACGUGGGUUCAGUCAGGCCAAGUCCCUGCACAGCCACAUGGUCACCAAGCACCAGCUGCCAACUCAGGCCCACCCGUGCCCAGCCUGCAAACGCAUAUUCUCCGAUGUGUACUCCCUGGACGACCACUUCUCCGCCCAACACAAAGGAGUCACGUUGGCGGACCUUGGGAUUGAAACGCACGUGGCGUGCCCGAACUGUGGUCGGUUCUUUCUUAGCCAUGAAGACCUGCAUAAACACGCGGUCCGGCAUCACAAAAAGGAUCCACGAAAGCCGGUGCGUGCCUUUGACGCCUAUAAUGGUGUACCAUUGAUGGGUAAUGCCCCGCGCCCUGCAACGCAAACCCCCGCUGCCCGUGCGGCUACGAUGGCAAGUGCCGAUAUUCAAUCAUCAGACAUUCGGAGCGACUCGGUGGAUCCUCAGAAGCCUCGAAAAGUAUCUCGCAAGAAGUUAUAG